GUCGUUUCACGCAGACACAUCGCACAUGGCGGAGAUGCAACUGAACAAGAUGACCCAUGGAAACAUUUAACCCGCCUGAUAGUCAGGGCUUUCAAAGGCCCUGUUUUUUUUUUUUUUAUCAUAGAACAGACAUUUAACAAAGAAGACGGGUCCACACAGCUAGCAUUAAGUGAAACAAAUGGAGAGUGAAAAAUCACAGGACUGGGAGUCUCUGUUCGGCAGUGAUGAUGACACUUUUGUUAACGAGUAUGGUUCACGGGACGAAUACGAGGAAGAUCUAGUUAGUUCAUUUUUCACGGACUCAAGCGACGAUGACCUCGAAAGCUUUGAUAGUGUUUUGACGAGUGUUGAUCAACAGUCGUCUCAAAAUGAUACAAAAAAAGGUUGGACACAGAUCAGUCCCUCCGAAAUUCCUGGUCUCACAUAUAUUCCGAAUGUUCUGCCGCCGAGCGUUCAAGAUGAGCUCAUUCAGUGUCUUCCAGACGGCAUCUUAGACCGGUCAACAGGUCGCCAGGCACAUUUGUAUAGGCCAUUUGCUCCGGUUCUUCAAAACCUCAUGCAGAAUUUCAUUCCUUCUGCCUUCAAGAAACAGGUAUGGGAGGGAAAAGACGCGGAAGCCAUUAUCAUGCAGGUGUAUAAUCCUGGAGACGGAAUAAUUCCUCACGUAGACUUGCCCAUGUUUGAUGAUGGAAUUGUAAUUUUCUCGCUACUUUCUGACAUUACCAUGGAGUUUACACAACCAAGCAGCAAACGGAAAGCGAGCGUACUCCUAGAGAAGGGGAGUCUUACCAUCAUGGAAGGCGAAGCUCGAUACCAAUGGCUUCACGGCAUUCCAUUUCGUACCGGAGACUGGACAAACGGCACUUGGAUACCGCGAGCACAACGAUGCAGCAUCACCAUGAGACGCAUUGGUCUGAAUAAAAUGUUUGGUUAA